AGUUGGCCGCCGCCUGGCCGGUGGCGCCUGGGCCAUGGAAGGUCCAAUCGUGGCUGACAGCGGGCACGAGGCGCGCGGGCCGCAUUUUGCGGCGGUCGUGGAUGAAGAAGAGUAGGCGGAGGUAGACGAGGGGCUGUGGGGUCACCUUCUCUUCCUCCCUCCUGCCACCCAAGUCGCCUGCGUUAUGUGUUACGCAGUGGGAGAGCACAUUGGCCUGGAUCUCAAGCUACCCAUGUUCUAGUCCUGUCUCUCUUAUUUCCUAGAGCUGUGGCCUCGGAUCCCUCCCUGGUGCCACAGCAGCUGAGUGUGCAUCAAAUCUGAAGAAAAUCUACACAGUACAAACAGUACAGAUAUUCUGGAGUGUGUACAAUAAUAUUCCUCCUGUGACUAGCCUGCCUUUGAGAUGUAGUUAUCAUUUAAUGAGAGGAGAGAGGCGACCACUUUGGGAAGAGGAGAGUAAUGCAAAGGGCGGUGUAUGGAAAAUGAAAGUUCCCAAGGACAGCACGUCCACAGUUUGGAAAGAGUUGUUGUUAGCAACUAUCGGGGAACAGUUCACAGACUGUGCUGCAGCAGAUGACGAAGUAAUAGGAGUUAGUGUCAGCAUUCGUGACCGAGAGGAUGUCGUCCAAGUCUGGAAUGUAAAUGCCUCUUUAGUGGGUGAAGCUACUGUUUUAGAAAAGAUCUAUGACCUUCUGCCCCACAUAUCUUUUAAAGCAGUGUUUUAUAAACCACAUGAAGAGCAUCAUGCUUUUGAAGGUGGACGUGGAAAACACUAA